UGUCCAAUGGAACAAAUUCUCCUGCAGCCAUAGGUUAAAAAUGUGGCUUUGGAAUCACUUCCGAGAGCUUCGAUACACAGUCAUUCAUUCUGCUGGUUCAGCUGUGAGAGGGCCAGACAGCAUUCAACGAGGGGAGAGGAGCAGGAAGUUGUAUCGAGAGUUAUGGGAGAGUGAGGGUGAAUGAAAGCUGCAGAUUGGAACAGAGUCAGGGGGGCGAGUUUGUUAGUCAGAGAGGGAAACUCUUUACCAUCUGCUCAAGAUUUGAGUCAAGUUAGGCAGCCUGUUUCAGACUGUCAUUACACAUGGAACACUGCAGGGGUCUGGAUGUUGUACUGAUGGAUACUGCUUUAGUAAUAGCAAAUGCAGACAAGCACAGUUUUAUUAAAUGGAUGGAGGUGUGCAGUGAUCAUGGAGACUGCUGAGAGAAUCAACACAACUGUCAAGAGGCAAAAGUGGAGCUUUCUAGGUCGGAAAAGUACCACAGUGGAAAUUGAGGACAUUAGACAAAAAAGAAAAGGGACACAUAAACAACCUUUUGCCCCUUUAGACAACCUGUUGAACCAGAGGGAGGAACUGUCAAAGAUGGAUUUCAGGAGGUCGAUUUGUGACCCCUAUCCAAUUGACAGCACCAUGGUAGGAACCAAACUUCCCAAAUCCAACAAAGGCAAUAUCAAGGACAAGAUUUCUCUGUGGGAGAACAAGGAAUCCACACUCUCACACCUGACUUCAGGUAGUUUGAGCAAAUGCGCCGGCUUUAAAAAAACUGACUUCUUUACAAAUGGCGGCAACAAAAUUGUAGAAAAGCAAAGCACUGAAAGUAACAGGUUAGUAGCCAGUAAGGAGAAGCAGGAUCUUAUGAAAGAAAAUGUAGUGACGGAUGGUGAUUCAAGAUCUUCUUCCUCUGAUGAACUGCCGAAACAACCUCGAGUGGCCAAUAGUAGUACUAGGUCCAGUGACAGUCAUGAAAAGACUGAUUAUAAUAGACAAACAGGUCACAAAGAAACUCCUCAAGAUGAUUCAAGGCUGUGUUCACGUUAUGGACCUGGGAAUCAUCCUCAAGAGGCCCAGGCAAAAGCUGUCUGUAAGAGAAAUGUAGGUCACAAAGAAACUCCUACUUAUGAUACGAAGCCUUGUUCUCCCCCAGUGACUGAGAAGCGGCAAGUGGGAAUGCUAACAAAAAGAAGCGAAAAGAAAUCAUCAGAACAAGCAAACGAGGAGAAGAGAGCUGUAUUCAGUCUUUUUAAAAAGCUAGAGACUUUGGGGGAGAACCAUGGCAAAGCCCCCAUAGAGCUUGGAAACUAUUUCAGCCCAUUGACAAAGGACAAAAAAGACGAGAUGAAAAAGAAAGAACUUGAUGAUUUAGUUGUGAGCACAGCUUCGUGGGGUAGAGAGGGAAAGGAGGACCAGGAGAAUGUGUACACGGAGCCAGGAGCUCUGCCCAUCAAUCCAGUGCCUAAACCAAAGCGUACCUUCCAGCAUCCAGCGACUGCUUCGAUGGGAAGGAGUUUGAGGGAGGAGAGAGGGAAGAGGAACCUCCCUCCACUGCCAUCCAAUUCCUCAAAAACAUCCUCAAAGCCUCCCUGUGGUUUUUAUGGGAGACCCAGGGCUGACAGAUACCUUAGCAGGAAACGAUCUGACUUUGAAGACCGUGCAAGGUCAGCCAGCCCAGUUUCUACCUGCUCCCUCUCUUUGGAACACCACUACGAGGACAUCUUGGACUCAUCUAAUGAGAACCCAUAUGAAGACAUAGAGUUGGACAAUCAAUGUUCGCAGCAGUCUGUACCCUCGUCUCCUGGUGCCGAUACAACAAAGGCAUCUAGGCCUGGUUUCUUCAGACAAAAUUCAGACAGAAGCUUCAAGCUACUGGAUCUGAAGAGAUCCAACCAGUCGGCCCACAGCAUCAGCAGUGGAGGUGUUUCAUCUCCGCCCCAGCUUAGCCCUCCUUCCACCCCGACAGGAAAUGAACACAAUGCUUGGAUCCCUGGGGGUUCCUACAGCCGCACCUGCCGCAGGAUACCAACAGUUAUACUGAGAAUCAAUGGUAUAUUUGAGGGUAGAACAAGAAAAAAACAUCUGCGAAGGAUGUACCAUUAUGCCGAAUCAAUUUCUGGAAGAGUAACUGAUGACAACAGUGACUCCGAGAGUGAAGUUGAAGACAGAUUAAAAUUUCGAUCCCUUCUGAGGCAGCCGAGAAAGACGCAGGUACACUACAACAACUCCAACAUCAGAAGCUGCUCCCUAGAUCAGGAUCGGCACCAACGCAAGCUUUUUGAGUACUUCCUGGUUGUUUCACUGCAAAAGUCAAAGGCCGGCGACCACUAUCUCCCAGAAGUCACACAGCAGUUCCCCCUUAAGUUGGAGCGAAGCUUCAAGUUUAUGAGGGACACAGAGGAUCAGCUGAAGAUCAUUCCUCAGUUUUGUUUCCCUGAUGCAAAAAACUGGGAGCCAGUGGAAAUGUACCCAAGUGAGAUGUUCUCCUUUGUUUUGACCGGGGAGGACGGCAGCAGGAGGUUCGGAUAUUGCCGGCGUUUACUGCCCAGUGGAAAAGGCCAACGCCUGCCAGAGGUUUAUUGUAUUGUUAGUCACCUCGGCUGUUUCAAUCUGUUCUCCAAGGUGUUGGAUGAGGUGGAGAGGCGGCGAGCUCUCUCCCCAGCACUGGUGCAGCCAUUUCUGAGAGCCAUCAUGGAGGCCCAGUUUCCAGCUCCAGGCAGAACCAUCAACAUCAAAACCUUUCUCCCUGGUUCUGGCACUGAGGUGAUGGAGCUCUGUCGGCCAUCUGACUCCCGCCUGGAGCACGUGGACUUUGAAUGCCUGUUUUCCUGCUUGAGUCUGCGGCUGCUCCUCCGGGUGUUCAGCUCUCUGCUGCUGGAAAGAAGAGUGAUCUUCACUGCCAAUAAGCUCAGUACCCUCUCUGAGUGCUGCCAUGCAGUUGUUGCACUGCUUUACCCCUUCGUCUGGCAGCACACUUACAUCCCAGUGCUGCCCUCAGCCAUGCUCGAUAUCGUCUGCACCCCGACCCCUUUCAUUGUCGGCCUCCUGUCCAGCUCUUUAACCCAGCUCAAUGAGCUUCCCCUGGAGGAGGUUCUUGUUGUGGAUCUAGGAAGUAAUCGAUUUCUCAGACAGUUGGAUGACGAGGACUCAAUCCUGCCUUCUAAGCUCCAGUCAGCACUAGAGAACGUUCUAGAAAGAAGAAGAGAACUUGCCAAUGACAGAGGAGCGGAUUCAAUCAGUGACACUGGCCAUCUUAGCACCAUUGUGUCCGAGGCCUUUGUCCGCUUCUUUGUGGAGUUAGUUGGACACUAUCCACUCUUCAUCACUGCUGAACGUGAAGAUGGCUAUUCCUCCUCCUCGUCCUCCCCCGCUCCGUGCUCAUUCCAGCGUGAGAGGUUCCGGAAAGCAAUCCCGUCCAAAACCGUACGCCGCUUCUUGGAGGUUUUUAUGGAGACCCAGAUGUUUGGCUGGUUUAUCCAGGAGAGGGAGCACCAUCGGCAGGCUCUGAGAGGACUCUUUGAAGUGAGAGUGCAGGAGUAUCUGGACUCUAUCAAUGAGAAUGAACACCGGAGGGUCAACAGGUUUCUCAGAGGUUUGGGAAACAGAAUGAAAUUUCUUUCUAAGAAAUGAUAAAAUGUGAAACCAUAAAAGAGGAAGAAAAGCUCGAUCGCCUGCCUUAAACGGAAUUAUGAUCUGAAGGCUUUUUCUUGGAACUUGUCCUGCGUCUUGAGGAUUGUUGGCCAAGGAGGCAGCGGUUUUGCAUCAAGAGUAACACGCCUAGAGAUGUUUUGAGUUAAAAAAUGGUCAGUCAUUCAUGAAAGAUUAAGACACCUGAAACUAUAAUAUUUCAGUUCUUGGUUGGGAGAUUUUCAAAUGAAAACAUAGAUGGCACAAUCCUUUUGACAUUGUGCUGUAUGCUGAUGCCAAAUACAUUUUCAAGUAACCCAGAGAAUUGAAACUAAGUGGUUUGACAUUAUUGGUUGUAAGCUUUUCUACUGCAGGUUAUCUGGAAAGUUUUUAAUUAUGGGUUUCUGUGUCCAGCAGGGGGCAGUAUUAGAAAGAAGAAAAUUACAAAUUUGCUUUCUGUUCUAAAAUGCGUCAGUUUUCCUUCAGUCAAAACAUAUGCCACUGAAGCAUGGCACUGGGUGUUCAAACUUCCGAUGUCUAUUUUGUCCUUUUCCCUCAUACUUCUGUUUGAAAAUUGUAUGGAUUAGAUUACAUUAGACCAAAGAAAAUGUACAUUUUCACACUAAAAAAGUUAAUGCUUUAUUUUGCAAAGGAAGCUACUCGAGGAAUUGUGUUCUCUCUACAUUUGUGUGCUAAUUUAAAUGUGUCAGUUGACGACAGUGAAUUCCUUUACCUGUCUUUUUCUACUAUGUUUGUGUAUUUGAAGGUAUGUUACAGUUUUUACUAUAAAGAUCCUCAGUGUGGAGUUGUGGGUAAAAGCU